CAAUCAAUUCAAAAGGACAGAGAGUUGAACCACCGGGGAUGUUGAUGAUGAGGCCAGAGGUUGGGGAAUCAUUUUGAACACUGCCAUUCUACCUUCUGAACAGGACAGCUAUGACAACCUACACACUACACCACAGCUAGACAUCUGUGUAGCCUUUGCUCAUUGAAACAUCCUCCAGCUUAGACUUCUGUCAGUUGUUAUAGUGCUCUCCUUACAACAGAUGGCAGCAUUUAACAACAUGAUCCCCAAGAUACUGAAUAACCGGCCUUAUUUUGGAGAUUUGUAAAAGAAUUUGGUUCAGAAUGCCACCAGCCCUAGACAAGACUUUAGAGAAAGACGGCAGGAUUCACAUUUCAUCUCCAGUUUUAUCCCGAGAUGUGGAUUCCAGCAGAGACGUGGAUCCUCAGGUUAAACUGCUAGACGACAGCUAUACUAGGUUUUGGCUUAAUCUCUCCUCCUUGUCUGCUUUAGACUCCUGUAACAUGAAAAGUCCCCUGGAGCUACCAGAAAUGCCCCUACAGUCACUGUUUCACAACUCAGCGUCUUAUAAAAUUGAUCUCCAGCCAAGCUUGGGAUCUUUCCUCGGCUGUGUGUCCUUGGAGGAAAGUGUUGCAGAUUGUCCAUUGCUUCCUGAGGACUCGAGUUUCAAAGGAAAAACAGCGUCCGAAGAGGAGACCAGGAAGGUUUCAAAAGAUCGUCAGAACUUAACGCAGUCCUUUUCACUUCCGCAGUACUUCCAAAGAGAAAGAGAACCGAUUUCUUCGAGUGGAAUCAAGAACAGUAACCAGAGCAAUGCUUUAAGACCAGAAUGUCACUCAGCAUCUCACCGCAUCUCAGUUCAGGAGGAAGUGGAUGCUUGGAGAAUGCGACUCGCUUCUCAACAUCGUGUAUUAGCAACCCGUACAGAGCGAGCAAAACUGAGUCUCCAUGCACUGCUGGGUGAAAAUGCUCUGCAGAACUUCAACAAGCGACUAGAGGAAAUGAAGAAGAAACUCUUACCCUCAUCUAUCAAAACUGAACCUGAUCAACUCUGUCCUGCACAAAACAAAUGUGAUGAUGCUUUAGGGGCUGAGGAGGAAGGUGACUGUCUUUAUGAUCACCUUUCUCAACAGAAAACCUCAAAGAUAAAUGAUCCAGCAGUGCAGCAGGGAAGCUGUGCUCUAAACAGUUCCUCUGCAGGCUCCUUGUUGGAGAAAACCUCAGAGAGUUUUCAGCUUAUCCGAGGUGUACAAACAUUGGUACGGUGUGCACAGGUAGUACUUCACAAAGCACAGCAGGCUUUGGACUCCGAUGCUACAGAGAGCAGCUCAGACGAUGAGGGAGAAGAAGAGAGAAGAGGAAAGAGACCCAGCUCAAGCUGUCUGGGAUGCGAGUGGAGAUAUCAGUGUGAGAGAGCGAAGCUGGCGAGUCAGUGGACAUGGCUGAAGCUCAGGUUGUCUGAGCUGGAUUCACAGAUUCAGCAGUUGUCACAGCUCCAUCAGCACUUAAUCGCCAACAAGGGAAGUGUUGUUUUGGCUGAGGCUCAGCCUUUGACUGACCUGCAGAUCCAACAGACUCUGCUGACUGAGACGGCUGGUUUAACGUUAACAGCGAGACAGACACGUGAUCUCAACUCCGAGCUGGACACCGAGCCCAGCAGCCCCACACGCCUCCUCCAAAACAUCGAGAGACAGAGUGCCCAGCUGAGUCAGAUAGUGAACAGUCUGAUGUCUCCUCUGAGUGACUUGCCCUCAUGCUGUCCUGUAGCUAAAGGAGACAGCAGGUGCUGGAGAGGCUCGAGAAAAAGACGCUUUAACAGCUGUGUGACAGACAUGUUCCAGCACACCGCCUCCACGUGUGUAGGCAGGACAAAUCAGAAGAAGAGGCGUGUGUGUCGCCGAGGUCAGUUCCUGUCUCAGGUGGACGUCACUCAAGUGUGUGCAAGGACUCGCCCUUUACUGACUUAUCACAAGCCCCGCCUUUUCAUCAUGGACCAAUCACCAGUCUCACAACAGGGAGCAGACUUUUCAACCAACUGGUGCUCAAGCCCUGUUUCCUGUGAUCCCAUGAGGGUGUGUCCGGAUCCAGACUCCAAAAGCACAAACAGUAGAGCCAAUAUAAUUAGCGGCAUGCUCAAGCCAAACAAGAACUCAGAGUCCCACUGUAUCCGUACGGGUUCCUUCAAAGCGGACUGGCUCCAUCAGUCGCAAUCCACCAUUCUCUCACCCGGCAUCACCACUGCACUGGAAUGUGCAUCCUCAAUAUUCAAUUGCACUCAUGAUCUCCAGGCUGCACAGACGCACAGCAAGGCAACACAGAUUCAGGCGACGCCCACGAUGAAGAGACGCCGCCAGCAACGGGCAGACAUUGCAGACAUGUGUGCGGCCCAGUCUGGCAUGUUUUCUCCCAGUACUGAGGACAGUACAGAGGACGUGCUCACACCCAACCGCACAAACCUACACCAGAAAAAGUCACAGUUUCCAGUGCACAGGAGAAACGGUGAAAGUGUCUACAACAUAAACAACAUUGUCAUCCCAAUGUCUCUGGCUGCCUCUACCACAGUGGAGAAGCUGCAGUAUAAGGACAUUCCUACACCCAGCUGGAGGGUAGUGGAGUUUUCCCCACUCCUUAAGAAAGAGGACGAGAAGGACAUAAAUAAGGUGGAGUCACUAUCAGAUGAGGUGUUUAUUCAGCGACACCAGAGCUACGAGCGCAGAGAGAAACUCAGCUGGAGCUCCUGGGAAAAGGGCAGGAGAUGCACACACAGUGCUAGGUCUUCCAGCAGCACAGACAUAUCUUCUGAUUGCGAACCAACGUCAUGGAUGUGCAGCAGACCUACAGACACAGCACAGGACAACAUGAAGGAAAGGGAGCCUCAGCUGCCUUGGGAGAGACGCGAAUUCCCACUGUCUAAGACCGAAGAGGAGACUCUGAGAUGUGACGAAGACGCACUCAAGGCAGAGGAUGCACUCUGCUCAAAGAACGAGCAGAUGGAUUCCAGUUUGUCAGACAGCAGCUUCAAGAAUAGCGUCUCUUCCCUUCGCUGUGCUCACACACCUCCCCCUGCAGGACACACACGGAGCAACAAGCGCAGAGGGACUUCAAGCCCUAAUUAAUCCAGUAGACUUCUUACCAGAGGGCUAUGAAGCAGGAAGUGACAUCACAUUGAAAGAAUAAGCAGAUGUAAAAAGCAUCAUUGCUGAUUGCUACUUUAAGAUGCUUUUGAUUUCAUCUCUCUGACACAGAGUUUUAACAUGGUUUUAUUCUGUAUUUUAUUAACACACAUGGUUUUACUGCAGUUUUAAGACAAAUUUUAAUGCAAUGUAAUGUAGUAUAUAUAUUUAUUUUUUAUAUCAUUCUUUUUAAAUAUAUAUUGUAGGCUUUUCCCGAGAUGUAGCCUUAACAUUGGUUUCGGGGUUUUUUUUAAUGGAAAAAAGGCAGACUGUUUUUCUCAGUAAAUCGACAUAAAAUGAAGCGGACUCUG